UGGUCCCGAGUUCGAUUCUACAAAUGCCCUUUUUCUCUAUUUAAAAUUUAAUUAAACAAAAACUUUCCAGGCUAUUUGUUAUACCAACAAUACCCCUUACAUAAACACUCUUCUGGAGAAGGCAUCAAGGGUAAUUUCGUCCAAAAUAGAAUUCAAAUUUAUCCUUUCAUUUCUGGCGAUCGCAGUACUGUACCUCUAUCCUAUCUUCUUCUCCAAAUUAUUUGAUCUCGCUCUCUACAGAGAUGUCUUCCGCUCUCUCCACCGCUUCGCUCCGAUUCCCUUCUUGUUCUUCAUCCUCUUAUCCAUCAAAUUUCUCCCAUUCCCUCAGAUCCACUUCAAUCCAAUUUCCAUUCUCUUUCUCCUCCACCAAUCUCUCUCUUCGCUUUGUUCAUUGCCGCCCACUCUCUGCCGCCGCUGUGCCGGAGAAAGUUACAGAAAUCGGCGAUGUCAUCUCCAAGUUGACUCUCGAAGAGGCUCGUACUCUAGUUGAUUACCUCCAAGAGAAACUUGGUGUUUCCGCCGCCGCUUUCGCGCCUGCCGCCGUCGUCGUUGCUCCUGGCGCAGCUGCCGGAGGUGACGAUGCGGCUGCCGUUGAGGAGAAGACGGAGUUCGAUGUUGUUAUUGAGGAAGUGCCGAGUAAUGCGAGGAUUUCGGUGAUUAAGGCUGUUAGGGCUUUGACGAGCUUGGCGUUGAAGGAAGCGAAGGAGCUGAUUGAAGGUUUGCCGAAGAAGUUUAAAGAAGGAAUAUCGAAGGAAGAGGCGGAGGAUGCGAAGAAGCAGCUUGAAGAGGCUGGCGCAAAGAUUGCUAUCGUUUGAUUUGGCUGGUUAGUUUCUUCAAUUUUUAAGGUUUACAAUGUAGGCAUUCUAGUCGAAUUAGAAAUGGGGUUAUUUUUUGUCGUUAACUAUUGAAAAAUUUAGUUGAUAUUCUGUUCAUGAAUGCCUUAUUGCUCCUGAAUUUUUGUGUGCUCAACUCGCCAUUGCUCUA